AUGCUUACCAUUAUCCGGAAUACGUAUACCGGCCUUGAAAGUUGUGUCCUUUGCAACGGGAUCCGCUCACGUUGGGUGGACAUGAAACGUGGAUUGAGACAGGGAGGGAUAUUAUCCACAUUGUACUACCUUAUAUUUAUUGACGAUCUCCUGAAUAACCUCUCUGAAUCGAAGUUCGGUGCCCCACUGUCAACGAUAAACUGUGGAAACCCCGCGCUUGCCGAUGAUAUUACACUGCUAGCCUUGUCACCACGUUCUCUUCAGCAGCUCCUUAAUAUUUGUCAAAAUUACUCGACUCGGUGGAAAUUUGCCUUUAAUUCUAACGAAUCUUGCACCAUGGUGUUUGGUGGCAGAUUUGAUGUCAACAGCUUCAGUUGGAAACUAAACGGUUCAAAGUUGGAUACUAAAGAAACUCAAGAACAUCUUGGAAUACCGAUAUCUGAGGACAUGACAUGUUCUAGAAAGAUAGAAAAAAAGUUGUAA